AAAGCUUUAGCCAUCACUCUCUCUCUCUUAAUUUUCUUUUGCUCUCUCUCCCUCUUCCAAUCUCUUCUUCUGUCUGCCAUACAUACAUGGAAAACAAAGAGGUUGAGGGGAAUGUUGUCUGAUUCGAAAUCAUUCAUCAUCUCAAAUAUGGUACAGCAGGAUAAAAAGUGAUUUCGGACCAGGCUUCAUUCCCCUCAGCUAUUAUAGUCCAAUUCCUAUUAUCUUCUUCUUCAUUUCAAGUGUAUAGAAAAAUGGUCUCCUCAGGCAAAAUUCAAUAUUGAAGAAGGAUUACACGGUAUGCACUACUAUGCAUAUGAAGGAUAAAUUGGUAAUUGCAAAGCUUCCAGACAUGUAUGAGAAUCAAGCAUCUCCUGAUGUCUCAAAUUAUGCAUCAAGUAAUGGAAUCUCUUCUGGGGAUGAUAAUAAAGGGAUUGGUUAUAGAGCUGCAAAAUCAAAGCAUUUAUAUCUUUUGGGUAGCAAUUCUUGGUUUCAAUGCUUUCCCUUCAAAAUUGAUCUCAAUUUUGUUCGUAUGGUGAUGGCAGAGGUGAUUGGAACAUUUAUUUUGAUGUUCUGUGUAAGUGGAAUAAUAGCAAGCACAAAAUUCCAAAGUGGUGAAGUGGGGCUUCUAGAGUAUGCAGCCACAGCAGGAUUAACAGUGGUUGUUAUUAUCUUCUCCAUAGGACCAAUUUCUUGUGCACAUGUCAACCCAGCUGUCACAAUUGCCUUUGCCACAAUUGGUCAUGUUCCAUGGUACAAGGUUCCAAUUUACAUAAUAGCACAGAUAGUAGGUUCUAUAUUUGCCACAUUUAUAGGUAGCCUUGUUUAUGGCAUAAAAUCAGAGGUUAUGAUCACAAGGCCAAUCCAAGGUUGCAACUCUGCAUUCUGGGUUGAACUCAUUGCAACUUUCAUCAUCAUGUUCCUUGUUGCAGCUUUGACAUCUGAGUAUGAAUCAGUUGGGCAUUUAUCUGGCUUUGUUGCUGGAAUUGCAAUUGGUCUUGCUGUACUAAUCACAGGGCCUGUGUCAGGUGGAUCAAUGAACCCUGCAAGAUCAUUAGGACCAGCAAUUGUUUCAUGGAAAUUCAAGGACAUUUGGAUAUACAUGAUAGCACCAAGUGGUGGAGCCAUAGCAGGAGCUCAAACCCUUCGUUUUCUUCGCCUUAAUAAGGACCAACCUUGCAACACCGAUGUUGGUCACGCCAUACCCUAUUGUUCAAGUUAGUAAAAUAAUUAAAAAAAAAAACAAGCUAAUGAAAGAAAAUUAAAGAAGGUGAAUUGUUGAUUGUAACCCUGUUUUUGUGUCCCUAGGGAGAAAUGGAAAUGGACCCAUGAUUUUGGUGGUAGAGAAAAAUUGGAGCUUGUUAUCUGAAAGAGUAGAAGGGUUCAGACAAAGAUAUGUCUUAGGAAAAAAAGGGAAUACCACAUGAUCAUGUGGAUCACAAUGUUUAAUUACUAUUUUAUUUUUUUAACUACUAUUUUAUUGUCAUAGUUU